UUUCUAGAAAAUAUGGAUAGACUCCUUCGGCUUGGUGGAGGCAUGCCUGGUCUUGGGCAGGGGCCACCUACUGAUGCCCCUGCCGUUGACACAGCCGAACAGGUAUACAUCUCUUCUCUUGCCCUUUUGAAGAUGUUGAAGCAUGGUCGUGCUGGUGUUCCCAUGGAAGUUAUGGGGCUGAUGCUUGGAGAAUUUGUUGAUGACUAUACUGUCAGAGUGAUUGAUGUGUUUGCUAUGCCACAGUCAGGAACGGGGGUCAGUGUCGAGGCUGUUGAUCCUGUGUUUCAAGCCAAAAUGUUGGAUAUGCUAAAGCAGACAGGAAGACCGGAGAUGGUGGUUGGCUGGUAUCACAGCCACCCUGGGUUCGGCUGUUGGUUGUCCGGUGUGGAUAUUAAUACUCAGCAAAGUUUUGAAGCCUUAUCCGAAAGAGCUGUCGCUGUCGUGGUGGAUCCCAUUCAGAGCGUAAAAGGAAAGGUUGUUAUCGAUGCCUUCAGAUUGAUCAAUGCUAAUAUGAUGGUCUUGGGACAUGAACCAAGACAAACAACUUCAAAUCUGGGUCACUUAAACAAGCCAUCUAUCCAGGCUUUAAUACAUGGUCUGAAUAGGCAUUACUAUUCCAUUACUAUCAACUACAGAAAGAAUGAGCUAGAACAGAAGAUGUUGCUGAAUUUGCAUAAGAAGAGUUGGAUGGAAGGGUUAACUCUCCAAGACUACAGCGAGCACUGCAAACUUAAUGAAACAGUGGUGAAGGAAAUGCUGGAGUUAGCAAAGAAUUAUAACAAGGCUGUAGAGGAAGAAGAUAAGAUGACACCUGAACAGCUGGCAAUAAAAAAUGUUGGCAAGCAGGACCCAAAACGUCAUUUAGAAGAACACGUGGAUGUACUGAUGACUUCCAACAUCGUCCAGUGUUUAGCAGCCAUGUUGGAUACUGUUGUGUUUAAAUAAUGACUCUUUUGCUCGUCAAUGCUGUUUUCUUCUGUAAUCAUCCAUUGUUUCAAGCACUGAGACUGGGAUAAAUUUGGAUGUCAAAGACAUCUGGCAUCAUUUGCAGUCUAAGAGCAGCAUUGUAACACCUUUUCAGCUUUGUUGUGCAAUUACUUUGGGGUUUUUUUUAAUGCCGGUGUCUUCACAGAUUCCAACAGUUCAAUAACACCAAGUUGGAAAUUGCGUGUUAAUGUUUUCAUUUAAUAUUUGAGGGGAAAUCAGUAGUAAUUAUAUAUAUUGAUG